AUGACACGACCAUCUAAUAAUCAAGUGACAACAGCCCGUAAAACAACCACUAACAGCAACGGUCCCAAGAACCAAAGCAAGAAGAAAAAGUCGCAACAGUCCAAGAGCCAUGGCAAUAGCAAAGACGGACCUGCAGGUCCACGUCCUGUGAAUCCAUCACCUGUCUCUGGACCAUGGGGAAAGCCUAAAAACGUGACGAGUAAUAUACCACCACCAGGAUUUACUUCCAAUCCAUCGACAAGGUUUAGUGAUGCACAGGUGAGAUUACUACGACAUCGUGCGUUGUUUGCGUUUCGGUUUCUCGUGGGUAAAGCAGUGGAGCUACAGCUCGCGGCGUCAGACGAGCGAUACGCUGGGAUUUUAGACUGCGUGGACCCGGACGAAUUUUCAGUCGUGCUUAAGAACGCCAAGCGGUUGAACAGUGGAGUUGAUGCCAAGCCUUUUGUAGACGGUAGUACAGUGAUCUUUCGGCACCAUCAGCUCGCGCACUUGGUAGCAGACGGUGCGGUUAAUUAUACAGACGGUAUAUUUGCAUCGGGAGCAUCUGCAGCACUUUGUGGAUUUCAAACGGAUACAGAAAUUAGUAGACGGAAGGAAGAGCAUUUGUACGGACGCGAACUGGAGGCAGCAAGCUCGUGGUUGGACCCGGCGCUGGACACAGGCGCACUGGAGGAUUCGACACUGAAUGGCAAAUGUCAUAGUAAGAACCAGGGCAAGGCCGGCUGGAAUCAGUUUGAAGCAAAUGAAAAGUUGUUUGGUGUCGUGUCAACAUAUGAUGAGAAUAUUUAUACGACCAAGCUGGAUAAGUCCAAGAUUUCCACCGAGCAGUCACGCACAGCUGAGAAAUUAGCACAGGAAAUUGAAAGCCAGUCGUCUGCUGGAAAUUUCCAUCUGCAAGAAGAACGUGGACAAACUGGGCGUGGCGGUAAACAUGUAAAUGACUUGGAUGAGGAGGCACGUUACAGCUCAGUGGAUCGCAGGACUACCAUUACCUCUGGAGAAAACGCAUAUGUGCCACCAGCUCUACGUAAAGCGCAGCGUCAAUCUGACGCUGAUAUGCCGCGAGCGAAGACGGCAAAAACGCUGUCGACUAUUGCACCAACUGCUGCCACUACCCCGACUCCUGCAAACGCUGUAAGUGCUGUCACUACCCCGACUCCUGCAAACGCUGUAAGUGCUGUCACUACCCCGACUCCUGCAAACGCUGUAAGUGCUGUCACUACCCCGACUCCUGCAAACGCUGCAAGUGUUGUCACUACCCCGUCUCCUGCGACCACACCAACUGCGACUACCCCGACAUCUUCAGUUUCGGAGUUGGCUUCUGCGACCACUCCAACUGUGACCGCCCCGACUGCCUCCAAGCCGCUUUCUUUUAGUGAAGCUGUCACAGGUAGAUCAGCUGUUGCUGCAAAAUCCGAAGUGAAGUCUCAGACAGCCGCUAAGGACCAGCCAGAAAAAAUGAAAGGUGCUGCUUUUCCGUCGAUAGCGGCAGCAUCUGUGCAAGUGAAUGGCAAGGAUAACAAGCCUGUUUUGGUUAAUUCAAAGGGGGCUAGCCCGAAGAAAAAGGAUGCAUCUAGUGGAAAAGAGAAGAGGAUAGAGGGCAAGGAUGAUAGCAAGUCGUCGUCCUCAUCUUCGCCGAUGACGACGACAAGCACAACAAUAGCCAGGACUAAGCUGGCAAAGAAUGAAACAUCGAAGGCUGGAUUAAAGAAAGGAUUGAACCCGGAUGCCAAGGAGUUCAAGCUGAGUGCUUCUGCAGUCGAAUUUACACCAAGCUUUUCGGUACCGAUGGCAAUACAUGGGUUGUCGCCAUACCACGGUGGCUCACCAGGCCCCAUGGCUUAUCCACAUCCUGUCAUGGGUUAUCCUCCACCAAUGCAAGAGGAAUGGAUGUACGAUGGUGCCAUGGGUGGAGGAGAAAGCAGCGAGAUGGACAUACCUCCUUACAUGCAGGGCGGCUACGAUGGUUACCAGCAGCAGGGAUACAAUCCUCAGGGGUACCAAUCGCCGCUGUAUAAUGGUCAUUUUGGAUCGAGUGUACCGUACACAGGUGACCUAGGCAUUCCUGGAUGUGUAGAAUGUGCUCCUUCGAGCAUGAAACAAAUGGCAUCGGCUUUGAAGAAGAAUAAGUAG